GGACCGGGACCGAGACCGGGAUCGGGACAGGGACCGGGACGGAGACUGAGACCGGGAUAGGGACCGAGACCGGGACCGAGACCGGGAUAGGGACUGAGACCGGGACCGGGACCGAGACCGGGAUAGGGACCGGGACCGGGAUCGGGACCGAGACUGAGACUGAGACCGGGAUCGAGACCGGGACCGAGACAGGGACCGGGACGGAGACUGAGACCGGGACAGGGACCGGGACCGGGACAGGGAUCGGGAUCGGGAUCGGGACAGGGACCAAGACCGGGACCAGAACCAGGACCGGGACAGAGACCGGGACCGAGACCGAGACCGGGAUAGGGACUGAAACCGGGACCGGGACCGAGACCGGGAUCGGGACAGGGACCGGGACAGAGACUGAGACCGGGACCGAGACCGGGACCAAGAUCGGGAUCGGGACCGGGACUGAGACCGAGACCGGGAUCGGGAUCGGAACGGGGACCGGGAUCAGGACCGGGACCGAGACCGGGACCAAGACCAGGACCGGAAGAGGGAUUGGCAUCGGGACUGGGACCAGGAUUGGCACCGGAACCGGGACUGGGACCAGGACCGUGUCGCAGCCGCCAUGUCCUCCAGCGGCUGCACCUUCGAGGAGCGGAGCGUUCGCGUGCUGUGCUGCCGGUUCUGCCGGCAGGUGCUGAGCUGGCGGGGGAUGCAGGCGGUGCUGCUGGCCGACACCGACACCGCCCUCUACUCCACCGACAUCCCGCCCGCGGGAACUGUCGAUUUCAUCGGAAGCUGCUACUUCACUGAGAUCUGCAAGUGCAAGCUGAAGAACAUCGCCUGUUUGAAGUGUGGGAAUGUUGUUGGCUACCAUGUGAUUUGUCCCUGCAAGCCCUGCCUGCUGUCCUGCAACAAUGGCCACCUCUGGAUGUUCCACAGCCAGGCAGUGGUUGGCAUCAACAGGCUGGACCCUUCUGGUGUGAAUGUAUUGCUGUGGGGCAACCUGCCAGAUCUGGAGGAAAGCACAGAGGACACGUCCUGCACCUCUGAGGAGGAGUACAUCAGAUAAAUGUUACCUGCAGCAUCUUCCCUCCGCUUGUGGCCUGGCUGCCUGCUUUGGAUUUAUUUCGUUUCACCUGGUGGCCCAUCAGAGCUUAAACAACAGGAAUAAAACAGGAUAUCUGGAAAAAAAAAUCCACAAAAAAAGGGAAUACUUCUGGCUCUUUCCCUGUAAGCUUCCCUGGACUCCCGAAUCUGCCUGAGCAGAGACACCCUUGGAAACGCCGACACAAAGUGCAUUUACUGAGCUCCAUUUUGCUUUUUAUUCCUAACCCUCUACAGCUGACAAUCCUUCUUUCCUAAAGCACUUUUCAAAAAGUAAAACCCCUCAGCUGCUUGCAGUUCAAAGGAACUUUCAGGAAUAAUCAGCCAGGUCUGGCAGAGCUCAGGACUGCCUCAAAGCUCUGCUGCUCUGGCUCUGGGAUCUCCUGCUCUUUGCACCCCAGGAUGCUCCUAAACAUUCCCUGGGAAGCCUCUUGGAGCCUUUCCAGCUUUAUUUUUCAAUACUUUCAGGGUUCUGUCUCCACAGAGAUCAAGUUCAUGCUUUUUCUCCCCAACAAAACCUAAAUUCUGCAGUUUUUUAGUCGAACUUUAAGGCUGCACGGGAGUUUUUCUUCAGGGCAGCACUAAAACCCAUCCACUUUCAUAUAUAUAUAUAUUUUUUCCCCUCUCCAAACAAAGCUCAGUCAUGAAAUUGGAUCUUUUUAGAGAAAGGGGGAAAAAAAAGUUAAAUAUUUGGUGUUCAUGCCUAAUUUUCCAUCCUGAGGUGCACAGACAAUCUGGUUCCUGUAGGUAAUGAAUUCAAAGCUCAUUUUCUAAGUUGUUAACAAACCAUAGUGUUUUAUUUUUGAACUAAGUGCUGUCCCCUUCAGCUAAUCACCUGCAGGCCAGCAAUAAAAAAAUUCCAGAUAAAAUCAUAUCAGAGAAGAGAGGACACUUUUAAAUUUGGAUUGAUGCUGAAUAAAUCACUCUGUAGCCUCUUGUGAUACUUGAAAGGCGUGCAAUGAAGACAAAUCUGAAUUCUCUCAGUAUUUUUACUGCUUGUUAUGUAUUUCUUAAUUAAUGGUACUACCUCUUUGCACUGUUUAAAUGUAUGUUGGUGUAUAUUUGUAUGUGUGUGUCUUGUUUUGAAUUUCUCUGUUGUGUCUGCCCAGGCAAUAAAAGCUUUGGACUCUGGA